AUGGAUUCUUCUCAUCCGUUUUCCGGCGGGCCUUGGUUCUGCAAACACUGCCAGAAGCCGUUCUCUGUUUGGGAACACUUGGUAGAGCACAAGAAAUCCAAACGGAAUGAAAACAAAGAGGAUCACAUUCAUUGCAAGUUCUGCGGCCGAGAUUUUCAUACCUUGGAAGGAGAGAUGAAGCACAUGCAGGUGGAGCAUCCUCUUGAGCAGAAUAUUGACUGUCCCGGCUGCGGCCAGGGUCCUUUCAAGCGCCUAGGCUCUCUCAUGAGCCACAUCGAAAGAGGGUUUUGCACACGCAUCGACAGUGACCUCCUCGAUGAGCUCAGAGAAGAGAAGCUCGAGUUUCCACGACGCUUGGAGCAGUUGACUAAAGAGUCAAUCAUGGGAAAUUACAUGAAGUAUAUGCCAUCGCCCAACGCAGACGCUUUAAUCUCGGGCUGGCACGUUGAGAAGGAGGCGCCUUCAUUCAAGAUGGUCCCAGAAGAGUUCCCGGACUUGUCUACCACAGCAGUUGACACACAGCCUCUCUCUGUCACCACGGCAAUCGAACUAGAGCCUAGCAAAGGCAAUCAUACUGAUAAGAAGGCUGCCCAAGGUCCGCUUAAGCUUCCUUUUAGAUUAGCCAAUAAAACAGAGAUAGCACCAAUCUCCAACAGCGAAAAGAAGGCCCAAGGUUCAGGACGACUUCCUCUCCGACUACUCUCCGGCAUCAACCGUGACAACAAUAUCGAGGCGCCAAGCACUGUUCAGCGGCCUCAACCGGUCUUCAAAUCGGGUGUGAACACUGUCGUCGCGGGCAUGGAUCCUGAUGAUCCAAAUAACCCGUCAUUCAACGUAGCUCGCUAUCGGUGCCCAAUCACUGAGAAAUGGAACUGUCCAAAAGUACCGUGCAGAAAAGUGUUCAAGACAGCCAAGGCACUCAUUGGCCACCUUCGAUCGCCAGCUCAUGGAAACAAGACGUAUAGAUGCCCGUGCUGCCUCAAGAUGUUCAAGACUUUGGCAGGCAUAACCUCGCACGCGGAGACUAGAGGCUCCAAGUGCCGCAUUCAAGACACUGUUCACUACGAGAUUUUCAUGGGCCAGCUGACGGCAGGCAUUGUUGAUAUUGAAAGAACUCGAUAUCAAGACGGAAGCAUCAUCUUCAAGACUUCGGAGCAGGCGAAACAGAGACUUCGUGGAGAGGUCAAGGGGAAUAAGUCCAAGGAUCCGAUCGAUGUUGACCCAGAAAAGGUUUACUGGUAG